AUGUCUGAACUUAUUACAACAUAUUUGAACCAAAGCGGAAAAAAAUCUUUCUACUACUUUUUGCAUCAUUAUCGGGAUGAAAUUAUUGUCAUGAUUCCGGUUACUUCCCGUUGGAAGGAUCUCGAUAACGCCUGGUCAAAUAAGUUCAUAACAGGUGCGGGAAAACUUGGUGAAGAUUUAAAACGGGUACGCUAUGCGAAAAAUUUUGAGGAAUAUUGGACUGAUGCAAUUAACGAAUGUAAAAUAAAAGAAGAUAUUUUGGUCUACGAAGCAGAAGAAGCUCGCAUUCAGGAUGAACUAUCGCGUCUUCGGCACAAACUAUCUGAAAUACAAGAAAAAGUAAAAAUGCAAAAUUCAAAAAAAUAUAACUUGUCCGCCAAAUCCAACCCAUCUCAAUUACGUGCUCAUGCCGAUGAGCUUGGUACUAUGCUACCAGAUUGGAAGGCUCGUAAAGAUGUGAAAGAAGCUCUUCGCCGGCGCCUAUUCAAAGGCAAUCAAAUAGAAGCUCUUGUACCAGACAAAAGGAAUGAAAAACUUACUAUCAAAGGGAGAGCUCAAUACUGUGCGAAAACUGGAGAUCCAUAUGAUAUUUGGUUACAUGCUUUAGAUUUAAUCAAGACAAAAAAUGAUAGUGAUGAAGAAAUUGUCGCAUCCAGUUCACGACUUACAUUAUUCCCCUAA